CAUGAAGUUUACAUAUUCCGUUUCCGCCCGUAAAUACCGGCAUUUAAGUCGAAAAUGCGGGCAGCCUUCGUUGUUCAUUUCCUCAUACCGUGAUUUAAUUUUCUCCCACCUUGUGCCAAACGUGAAGCCGACUCGUGAAUGUUUUGACUGAGAUAUUAUAUAUUUACCGCCGUUAAAACAUCUAUACCUUUUUGAUAAAGCACAGCUGCCGCCGACGAUUUAAUCUGGCGUCAUAACUUUAUGCAACUCUUCCCUUCAUAAUUAAACUGCCGGCAUAAAUCCGCUAUUUAUUGCUAAGGAAAUUUUAAUUUGGAAAGUUUUUCUGCACCCUGCUGAUAAACUUUUAACCUCCAGUUCUUGCUGGUAUCCUCCUAUAUUAAAAAAUGGAUUCCAUGAUCCCGUUAUACUUUGUACUGAUUUCUUAUGCCCUGGUUCUUGCCACACCCUUCGUACGGAUCUCUGCAUCCGAUGCCCAGGCGAACUCUUCCAAUUCCACCAACGUUCCUCCUGUGCCUGGAGGUACACAAGGACCGGUCGAUUGUUCACUUGAAGCCGAAACUGGUCCAUGCAAAGCAGCUUUCGAAGCGUACUUCUAUAAUUCCACAGCGAGGGAAUGCCAAUAUUUUCUUUAUGGCGGAUGUGAAGGCAACAGCAAUCGGUUUGAAACCAAGGAAGACUGCAAAAUACACUGCCAGUCCGCAUCCAGCAAUGUUGUACAGUGAAGGCCAGAAACCAAGGCACAGGAUCCGUCACAGAGACAUAAAGUGCACAUUUCGAGAUUUUUUCCAGUGAUUCUUAUGUAAUAUCAGUAGAAGUUUUCUUUAUCUUGUGACUUUGAACUUUAUGUUCAGAAUGUUUUAUUUUGCAUCGCAUCGAUGUCAAUAUAUUGCGUAAUAAACCAUUUUAUGAAUCAAAAAUACGCCACUAUACACAUACGUU